AUGUCUGGCAUACCCAAUCUUCCAGAAACAUUCGAUGAUCUGCCCGAUAAGCGUCGCUUCUGGCCCGGUGUCGCAGGCUCAGAGGAAGAAGGACUGGGAAUGCUCCGUCUCCUAACGCCAGGCCUGGUUGCGCAAGCCGCGCGAACACAAAUCCAAACUGGCGAGCGGGUGUGCUUGAAUUGGGAUAUGGAGAAUUUAACAAGACUCACAAUGCUUAAUGCACUAGGAUUCGGCCGCAAGCCAUUCGAGCACCAUGUCAAAUGGGUCGUCGAGGGGGUUGCCUUCGACGACGAGUAUCACUUCAAUCCACAACAGUCUUCCCAGUGGGACGGUCUCCGACACCAUAAUGCGCCAGCGCCAGCGCCAGAAGACAAGGAUCGACGUCUUUUCUAUGGCGGGACGACUGCGGAAGAAAUCCUCGACGAGAAAUGCCCGCGCAUCGGUAUUGGGUUUUGGGCGAAGAAGGGCAUUGCUGGGCGCGGCGUGCUGAUUGACUAUGUCUCUUACGCGGAAAAGAAGGGUAUUAGCGUCAAUGCGCUAAGCCGGCAGAUGGUGUCGCUGGAUGAAGUGCAGGAGAUUGCGAGGGAAUGCAACAUCGAGUUCCAAAAGGGCGAUAUCUUUUUCUUGCGGGUUGGCUUGCCUGGAACGUGGAAGGGGAUGUCAACUGAGCAGCGGGUGGGUUAUAGUCAGCAAGGGACGCCAGAGCAUGCUGGGAUUGAGCAGAGUGAGCGAGUGUUGCGCUUUUUGUGGGAUAAUCAUUUUGCGGCUGUUGCGUCUGAUGCGGUUAGUUUUGAGGUUUUUCCGCCUCUGAACCCGGAGUUUGAUUUGCAUCACCAUCUUCUUGCUGGUUGGGGGGGUGCCUAUUGGGGAGAUGUUUGA